CCAUUCAAUGCUCAGCAAACCAACGCCCGCCUGUACCCGCUCUCAGGCGCUGGUGCCGGGCCGGAGCCGCAGUCAUCUGCUUUAUUUGUGUGUUGUGCCUCCGUCUACCCCCCCCCCGCCCUGUGCCCGUCCCCAGGCGCUGGUACCGGACCGGAGUCGCAGUCAGCUGCGGCACCUGGAUCAGGUGGAGCUCGACUACCGCGCGCACCUGUCAGAGAUUGACUCCAAACUGGUGCUCAUCAUCAGCAGCGCCUGUGACGCCCAGCUCAACAAGUGGGAGGCGCGACCGCCCGUGCCCAGCCAGCAGUUCAGGGCAGUGUGCCGAGCGGUCAGUAAACUGCACGAGGCCACAUCCGGGGUGCUGACUGCAGAGCACAGCCACCGGCUCUUCACACGGAUGAACGCCGCCUUCGUGGAGAGUCUGCGCAGACGCGUGGUGAAGCUGAAUAUUAAGAGUGACGGCGGCCCGCAGCAUGGUCUGGUGACGUCCGAGCUGCUGUUCUACCAGGAGCACCUGAAGACACUGCAGUUUGUGCCCGAUCGGCCGUUCGCCGAGCAGCUCUGGUCGCCCGACAAACCAGCCGCCGCCUCCUGAUUGGUCAGCGCCGGAGCCUCCCGCCCUGUGAUUGGCUGCUCGCUGUCCGCCGCUGUGAUUAGCUACACCGUGAUUGGUCCGCUCCGGUGACGCGCGCUGUGAUUGGUCGCUGGUCGGGGUCAGACAGCCCCGAUUGGUGCUCCUGAUUUCCGACUGUCUCGUGGUUGACCUCUGCCCGGGUCUGCUCUACCGUGGUUGGUCCUUUGACGCUGAGCCUAGUCUGUGAUUGAAAGUCACGGAACGCCGGACCUCCCGUUGGCUUUAGGUGAGAAGUUUGUACGGCUUUUUCUGCAGCUGGAAAAUCUAUUCUCGUAUUCCUAGUUACAUCCCAGCAAAAUGUUCCCAUGGGUACGUUCUAGGUAGGCUAAACAGGACAAUUGUUAAGUGAAAAGUUGCCGACCUACCUAGCGUCGGUAAGUAACCACUGACGACGGAAAAGUGCGUUGAACAGCAGCCUUUGCAGUUUUGAACAAAAGUGUACUAAAACGGUACACUCAUUCCCUGUUGGGUUGAACGUCUUGAGGCGUGCGUCGGUUGGCGUGUGUGAUGCGUGCUAAAGACAGGAACCAAAAGACGGCCCCGGGGAUUAAGCCCUUGUGUUCUUAUUUGUGUGUGUUUACGGACAUGAAACUCCGCAGGAUGAGCCAGCAGUCGCACCAAGUUACUGACAGUUUGUGUCGUGCCGCGUUUUAAAUUCGUUAUCCCAUGACAUGUUGGUGCAGAUAUUUAACCGUGCUAUAUUUCCGAUAUUAUCUAGCCUGGGUAGCCACAGUUUGCCGAAUUGCCUUAUGAUGUUGUCUUGAUUCCGAUGCACUCGUUAGCUGAUUUUUGCGUUGCAAUUAGCCUCGGUGGCAAUGCUUUUAACCAUCGUGAUUUUUGUGACUCCGCCUUUCCCCGCUCAUCUAGUUAUCAUCACAGUUUUUUCUCGUUUUAUGGGACCAUAUUCUAGCUUCCCCUUAGCAGCCCUUAAACCACCUCCAAACCAGUGAGUAGCUUACGAAUUAGUUAUGCACGUAGGUUUCGUACCAUGUUGCCUUGAUUCCAUUGAGUAUUAUCCAGUCAAAAAUGUACCGAUGGUCACAACCGCAGUCCUGUGCGCCGAUGGAGGAUCGCACUUCUGGCGUGUGUUCUUCGCUGUCAUUCCCUGGUAACCCCGCUCCAUCGAAGGCCCGCGCCUUGGCUGUUACGUGCCGCCGUUGCCUCAGGCUAUUGGUUGUGAUAGCUGAAGGACCGCUGAAAGCUAUGCAUUAUCUAUGAUCGCGGAAAUGGCGAAAUCUGGUGAUCCAUGAGUGAUUCGGGGUGACUACCGUGUGGUUUAACUCGCUCGGUGCCCAACCAACCCCAGUGUCUUGCUAGAAGUUUGGUCCUACCUUUCGCGGGGCAGCUGUUGGACACUAGUCAGGGCCGGUAGUGACACUAGCUGUGGCCCACGCUUUCCCAGCAGGCUGCUCCGCCGCCCGUUCCCUGCGCCGUUCGCUAUGCGCCGGGAGGGAUCCAGCCAUACAUACGUCCAAAGGUCCCGGUCCCUAGGGCGGUAUCAGCUCCCUGUGUGUUCGUCAAGCUGUGCAAUAUGUGUUACGUAGCGCGUGUGUGAGGUGCUCGGCAGAAGAGUGGGAGUGUGGUGUGGUGGCGCGGCCGUUAUUCCAUUUGUUUUGAUCGGGCCGGCGCGCGCGCAUGGGGCUCCGCGUCCAUUGGUGCCUGGCCUUGGUGGGGCACUAUGGGACACAUCUAUAUUGGGAGGAAGUGAAAUAUAUGUAUGCUACUUUA